GUCCUGAACUUGACCUUGAAAUACGUUUGGUCAUCAGUUUUAUCAACUUUAAGGUUAUCAUUAUUAACCGAGUCACUAGGGGGUUUCGCCAGUCGUGCCACAGCUGGCAUCUAGACUAGUGGCAAGUGACCCGAGUUAGCAAAAUGAAUUCCGUAUUUGAGAAAAACCUGUCUUACGAAACGCUGAAGGAGGCUGCAUCUGUCCUCAGAAAUUAUGCCUCGGAACACAGAGGUCUGGGCUACAUCGCCUGUGGCGCCGUUGUUUUUGGAUUCGGCCCCACACUUAGGAAAAAAUUUUUUGCAUGGUUCAACAAUCAGGUGACGAAAAUGAAAAAUGAAGAAUAUGAAGCUCUUAAGAAAGAAGCAUUUGCAGCACUUGCAGAGCAGAAGUCUUCCGAUCCGGAAUUCCAGAAAGCCAAUGCCCUUAAGAUUCUGGAGAUUGGAGUAGGCAGCGGAACAAACUUCAGCUUCUACCCAGAUGGUUCUCACCUGACUGUAGUAGAUCCUAAUCCGUAUUUCGCUGAUUACUACAUGCAGAACAGGAAGAAGUUUCCUAACAUUAAAGCGGAAACCGUUAUUGUUUCAUAUGGUGAAGAUAUGGACAUGGUAGAAAGCGAAAGUGUGGACGCCGUAGUUAUUACACUUGUUUUAUGCAGUGUCCAGGAUGUUGCCAAAGUCGUCAGCCAGAUCAAACGAGUCCUUGUUCCGGGUGGAAAGUUUUACUUUAUAGAACACAUUCAAGAAUGGAACCGGAGUUCUCACGGUUAUCGCUGGUUCAUUCAAAAUCUUUUGACGUGGUCCAGGAUUUGGCCUUUCUUUUUCGAGGGUUGCAACCUGAACCGCAAUCCCCUUCCAUUCAUACAGUCAGUAGGUUUCUCUGAUGUUCAGUACGAGAGAUUAUAUGCUCCUAUGCCUGCCAAAGUUUUUAUGGUUGCAUCUCCUCAUGUAAAGGGUAUUGCCACAAAAUAGGGUUUUUAACGGCAAUUGGGAAAGGCUAUAGGUUUUUAAUGUGAUGGUGUGCUUUAUUCUCCGUGGUACUAUUUUUAUACCUUAAAAUGCUCAUUUGAAAAUAUGUAUAUAUUUUAUUGAUUUUUUAAAAUGAUAAAGGAGGACAUGAAGGAGAGUAAUUGUAUUUCAUACUACUGUAUUACAUGGUUAUAAAAUUGUUAAUAUUCUGUCAUGUAAAUUGAUCAUGUGUAUAUAUAGAAAACAAAUCUGUAUUGUGAUUAAAGACAGUAUUCACAUAUGUACUGAGAAGGAGUCAUGUAAGAACUCACAUUAGCUGAAUUCUUAAAAUUGCAGAAGAAAGUGUCUGCUUAUAUCUGAAUAUAAUGGACAUGCUUACUGGUCAGUAUCUGAUUCACAAUACCAUGUGUAAUAGCUAUAUGUAUCAUAUUAAUGGUAAAAAUUAUGAAUUGUUAAAAUUAUUUGUUUUGUAAAUAAUGUAUUUAAUAAAUAUACAAAAUUC